AUGAAAUUAAAAAACGUAGCUUACGCCAGGGUAUCAAUAACUGUAUUAAUAAUCUGGUUCGAUAGAGUUGGGGCCAAAAAGAUUGAAUUCCUCGUAAUAAAAGGUGUAGAUUGGAUUUCAGUAGCAUUAAGGUGUCCGUUGAAUCUUACUACAGUAAGAAUGGUGGCAAUUAACGGUAAGACAACAUCAGAGGAAGGUGAUGGUGCUGAAACCUUGCUGAAAAACCCAAAGGCUGAAAACAUAUCAGUACCUAUAGGAGUUGUGAGCAUAAAGCCAGCAAAGAAAUCAUGUUUUGUUGGGGGUCUCGCUGUCGUAGUCUUGUUACUAUGUAUCACAACUCUAGCUGUCAGCUUCUGGUUAAAAUCUCAACGCCAUUUGCCAUCGUACUGCUUACCUUGUGACAAACUAAAAGAAACAAGAGGAACAGUUGGUAAAGGGAGGUCAACAUGCUGUAUCAACACUGAGUCGGAGUAUGUCCAAACUAUGAAACACAUGUUGGACAUGAAAAUAUCUAAGACCGAUUCCAAACCAGAAGGAUCCAAAGAUCCCGACGCUUUUACAGCAGAUAAAGAAAUGAAAAUGUGGAUGUCUAAAGAGGAGACAAUCACAAUACUACACUCUUCACCAGUAGCAGCUCAUGUUCUGGUAUCUUGUACCAAUUCCUCUUAUUACCAAUAUCCUCAGAAAGUCCAGGAUCUGCCACCUACCAGAACAUUGGAGCUGUUACCGCAAAGAUCUCUGUCUCUGCUACGAGGAGUGGAACUCAGAAGGGAUCAUCUGAUCAUCCAAACCAGAGGACUGUACCUGAUUUACAGCCAGAUCUAUUUCAAGGUCAUUCAGGGGACCAACUGGCCAUUGGGACUGAAUUUACUGUGUCAUAUAGUAGAAAGAUACAACCGGCGAAUACCAAACGAUGGAAUAGAGAAACUUCUACAGGAUAUGUACACUCUACCUAAGAGACCCCCCGGGAACACCAUGUUUGAUUUUCACACUAGUUAUAUAUCUGGUGUGUUUGAGUUGGAGGUCAAUGAUGAGGUGUAUGUCAGAGCCUCACUGGAAGAUGUUGUGUCGAGGCUUCCCACUCUCAACUAUAUUGGUCUGGUUAAAUUGGGUGGGUAACGAUAGAGGGUGGACCUCAUCGAUCAUGGCAUUCCCUUUUGUACUUUCACAAGUCGAGAGCAAUUGGCAGAAUGUUUAUAUCGAACAAGGUUCCACCGAAAAGGAUACCAUUAUCUUAUAAAAACAACAUUCAACACCCAAAUCCAACUGUUAUAAAACAUGGUUUGAUGCGAUAUAAAGUUAAGAUGCGGUUUGAUGUGCUGUAACGUAACACACGGUUUGAGCGGCUAUAACAGCUGAACACAGGGUUUGAUAGUUAGGACCCGCGUUAUAACUUGGCACGCGGUUUGAGAGAAUAGUACACUAUACUAUUGUCAACUACAACUAUUUGUUGACAUCAGGGUCGGACUCAAAUACGAAUAAUAUUAUAUAAAAAAAUAGUUUCAACUCUACUAUGUUUUAACUAAAACACAAAACAAGGUCAUAAACGAUAAAAUGGAUGAAAACUACUAAAAGUCAUGAAAAAAAAACAAAACAUCUAAUAAAAAAUAAAAAUUUCAACUCAAAUUUAAAUAGAAAGAAAAAAAAAGGAGGAAGGGGAGAUGGAAGGGUUGACUCCAGACGUUAACUCAUCCUCUGACAGUAAGUUUUUAGAAUUGCAAAACUGAAUCAGUGUAAAAUAUUAACAAGAAACUAAAAUGAAAUAAAUUUGAGUAAACAAUUCGGUGUAAUACAUCUGUAAAACAACAACUAUUAAACUGUACUGGUGAAUCACUGUCAGUCUGUUGAUGAAAAAAGCAUAAUGAUGAAUUAAUCAAUCGAGGCAAGCUUUAAUUAUAUAAUGAUAAUCAGGGAAAUAAGGAAGUAUAAAGUAAGCAAUAGUAAACUUAUGAUUAUGAUAAUCAGUAUUAGUAAUAACCACCGUUUGAAUUGCUUCUAUUCUGUGAAGUAAAAUAGGGGAUGCCACGAACGGGGAGAAUAGACCACCUCUUACAUAGAACGAUUCUCAAAACUUUGCUGUACAUGUUUUUAUAAUUUUUACAUCGUUAUAUUUAUUAUAUUGAUUCAUAAAAUCGUACCAUACAAAGAUUUUAUAAUAUAAAAAAAUCAUGAACAAAAACUCCUUGUUGUUCACUCAUAUUUAUAUGUUUUGUAUCUGUAUUAUACGGAGUCCGUAAGGCGCAAUUUUAUAAUAUAUUUCGUUUAUGACUUAUCAUACUAUUUCUGAUUUUUCAAUUGUUAUAAUUUGUCCAUGUACUAAUGCAGUUUUAUAUUAAAGAUAUGAGAAC